AGGACGUGAAAAGUGAUUUUAAUAAGAUUUGUAAUCGAAUGCGUGAUUUUAAUUCCGUUUGAUUAAGUACUAUAUCGAGAAAUGAAAAGAGGUUGCAUUUAAUAUCGUUGGCGCAUUGGCGGGAAAAUUGCAAAUAGUCGCGGUAUCGAAUUGUGAUCGAGGAAAGGACAAGAUAUUUAAUUGCAAGAAAGAAGAACAGAAUAAUGUGCCGUUGUAACAGACGAUCGUAUACGAUCAUCCGCAAUACCAUGUACGAUUUUACAGAAGUCAACUAACAGUCAAUUGUUUAACAAAUCUCAUCAACUUUGAUAAGCGUUGAAGAAAGAGAAAUGGAGUCGAAUAACGUUUCUCUUAAAAGUCCUUGUUGUUUUUUACACGCAUUAAGAAGGAUCAAGGAUCGGUUUAUCGAUGAUGCAUCGGCAGUCGAACUUUUUACCGCGACUCUGUUCAAAUAAGUAUCAAAAGCUUAAGUUGCAAAAGCAAAUUUCGAAAAUCGUUCAAUCAUUAUUGUACAGCUAGAAGAAUCGAACUAAUUAUAAAAACUGAAAGUGAUUUGAAACGAUCGAAUGAUCGUUGAUCGGUAUUGAUCACCGAAGCGGCAAAGAAAAGAAAUGAAUUCAUUUGUACGUUUAUUUUUCAUUCUGUUCUUUGUUAAUCUCUACUGUCGAAGCAACGGCAGAAAAAAUGAUCGGUAUUUGGAGAACCUCGAUUUUGCUGAUAGAGAAAUUGCAAUUGGGAAUACGAUCGAUUCGGAAGGACAAAUGAGAUUUUUCGACGAACUUGGCUUGAUACCACAAACGUGUACGUACAAAGGGACAACGUUUGACUGCGGUCUUAGCAUUAGUUGCGUUCUCGGCGGUGGUCGUCCGGUCGAUCUUUGUUCAGGAGGAUUGAUUUGGAGUUGUUGCGUCGACGAUGAUGACAUACCGGAAAAAAUACCACGACCAACUACUGGAUUGCUACAAAACGCCACGCUUUCGCUAAACUUGGGAAAUCAACAUCCGUACGUGGACGAUGAUGUUCAAAUCUACGAGAACGUGGCAAGACCAAGCAAACCGAUGUAUAACGUUGCUCAAAACGGCCAUGGACCGAGCUAUCUACAUCUCGGCGACGUUGCGAACAAACCGUCGACCAUGAUGACGACAUCGACCACCACGAUGACGACCGUUUACGAAUCGUCGCAAACAUGGAAUUACGAUCGGCCCUCGUACACGAGCCGUCCUACUACGCUCUAUCAUCAUCCAUUACAACUUGAUUAUCCGCAGGACGAAUAUGAUGCCGUUUAUCCUGAUGUAUCGGGAGUGUACACACCGAGUCAGGACGUUUCAAACUCUCUGGAUUAUUCGAAAUAUCGUGGUUGCGGUGAACUUUAUACAAGAAGCAAUCGAAUCGUCGGUGGACACAGUUCCAGUUUCGGAAGUCAUCCAUGGCAGGCUGCCAUUAUCAAAUCUGGAUUCCUUUCAAAGAAACUGUCAUGUGGUGGUGCCUUGCUGAACAACAGAUGGGUAGUUACCGCAGCUCAUUGUGUCGCGACGACACCAAAUGGUAACCUGAAAGUACGUCUUGGCGAAUGGGACGUAAGGGACUCGUCCGAACGAUUGUUGCACGAAGAAUUUAAUGUUGAGAGAAAGGAGGUUCAUCCACAAUACUCGCCAACCGAUUUUCGGAACGACGUGGCACUGGUAAAACUGUCGAGAACAGUGGCGUUUAAGCAACAUAUCGUACCCGUUUGUUUACCAGCGAAAAAUUUGAAGCUCUCCGGACGCACAGCAACGGUUGCUGGCUGGGGAAGAACUAGACACGGGCAAAGUUCAGCACCGUCGAUUCUUCAAGAAGUUGACGUUGAAGUUAUUCCUAACGAACGAUGUCAACGAUGGUUCAGGGCAGCUGGAAGGCGUGAAACUAUUCACGAUGUUUUUUUAUGCGCUGGCUAUAAGGAAGGUGGACGAGAUUCUUGUCAGGGAGACUCUGGCGGCCCGUUAACCAUGUCGGUCGAAGGAAGGCACGUACUUAUCGGUCUUGUGUCCUGGGGUAUAGGAUGUGGUCGAGAACACUUGCCUGGCGUAUACACCAAUAUUCAGAAAUUCGUGCCUUGGAUUGACAAAGUAAUGAGUUAAGUUUUCACGUACUAUGCGACACGACGAUACGAAAGAAUAUGAAAAGAAACGUGAUGUAAAAAAGUUUACAGAUGUCAUAGAGAACAAAUUCUUUUAUACAAUGUAUAUUAAUUAUACAUUUAUAUGUAUGUACAUAAGUUAGUAAGUAAGUAAGUAAGUAAGUAAGUAAGUACAUAUUCUAUUAUAUUCAAGGGAUCUGUGUUACCGAGAAUGGUUUCCGAAAUUAUCAUUGAUCGAUCAUUUGACAUAUCAUACGCAUAUCUGAAAAUAUUGGUAAGAAUUGCAUUUUUGUGAUUCGCGUGAUUGCACUCGCUUAUUGUUGUUUCGAACUUUAAUAACGAUACACGAGGACGAUGGAGUAUGAAAAGAGAUAAUCGAAUAAGUCGCCAGUCGGUAUGAACGGGAACGAUAAAGUAAAUACAUAUCGGUAAGUACUUACUUACUUUCGACAUACCCUUGUACAAUGUAAAUAGAAUAGAAUAGUGAAUAGAAUAAUUUCUUUUAAAUCGCGCAUCGUAGUCGUCAUGUUAGCUGCCAGACAUAGAUUUCUAUAAGGUCAGAUUAAAUUUUAUUACAUAUGUAGGUUUUAUACAAAGAUACACUGUAUAAAAUCGCAUCGUGUCGUAUUGUAAGUAUGUAUGUAUAUAAGAUUUAUCAUGUUAUAUUAGAUUGUAUUACAUUUGCCGAUCAAACAAUGAUAUAAUCAAAGCAUUGA